AUGCAGUCUGCCAGUCCCACAGAGAAAUUCAAGCGCAUUGGCGUUGUCGGAGUCGGGAGUAUGGGCUCCAUGAUGGCAUUCGCAUUCUCAGAAAUCGGACUCGAUGUCUCCGUGUGGGAUGUUGACAAAAGGAAUGUUGACAAAGUGAUGGACUGGACGAAGAAAGCCACGACUAUGAAAGGCAAAAUUGAAGGGUUUACCGAAAUUGACAAGUUCACCAAGAGCCUCGAGGGUCAUGGGAUUGGCAAAUUAUUCAUGUUCUCCAUCACCCACGGCGAGCCUGCAGACUCUGUUCUCAAGUUGAUCAAGCCGGAUUUGAAGAAAGGCGACAUCAUCUUGGAUGGAGGUAACGAGAAUUAUCGCCGAACUGAGCGACGCCAGAGAGAGUGCGAAGAUAUUGGAGUGACCUGGAUUGGAAUGGGUGUUUCUGGUGGCUAUCAGUCAGCACGACGCGGUCCCAGUCUGUCCCCUGGAGGCGACGCUAAAGCGUUGGAGCUCGUCAUGCCACUUCUUCAGGCAUAUUCCGCGAAGGAUCCCAAGAGUGGAGCGCCAUGCGUUACUCGUAUCGGGCCUGGAGGGUCUGGUCAUUACGUCAAGAUGGUUCAUAAUGGGAUUGAAGGCGGCAUGCUGUCUACACUUGCCGAAGCUUGGUCGUACAUGCAUUUCGGUCUCGGUAUGAACUAUGAGCAGAUUGGCGAUGUUUUCACGGAUUGGAAUUCCAAGGGUGAGUUACGGAAUAACUUCUUGAUCAACAUUGGUGCCGAUAUCAUGAGAGCCAAAAAGACACCCAAGGGUGACUGGCAUGGUGAGGGAGCCAGUGACAGCGAUGGAUAUGUGUUGGAUGAUGUACUCGACAAGGUCGUGCAGGAUGAUGAUAACAGCGAAGGUACACCACUCUGGGCCGCGAUGGAAUCCGCUUCUCGACACGUCGCGACCCCAACUCUGACAGCAGCACACUACAUGCGUAUCGCCAGUGGAAAUCGCGCUGAGCGGGUGGAAGCUGCCAAGAAGCUCCAAAUGCCUGCACCCCGACAAAUGCAGAAUAUCAAAGAUCGCGCCACAGUCGUGGAAAAGCUUCGACAAGCAGUGUACUGCUCCUUCCUAUCUUCGUUCUGUCAAGGUCUUGAAUUGAUUGCUCGGACGUCCAAAGACGAAGGCUGGGCAAUCAACAUGGGAGACUGUAUCCAAAUUUGGCGCGCUGGAUGUAUCAUUCAGUCCGAGUAUAUCGCGGACCUCUUGCAGCCCCCAUUGACAACCAACAAGCAUUUGAUGAAUAUCAAGUUCGUUGAUGAAGUGGCUGGCGAGUUGCGCAAAUAUUUCCCAGCUCUCAAGUCAACAGUCUUGGAGGGUAUAAUGUAUGAUCAGUACAUGCCUUCGCUGUCUGCGACUCUCGAGUACCUCAAGUACGAUGGUGGCACGAUGCUUCCGACUAAGUUUAUGGAAGCUCAGAUGGACUACUUCGGUGCGCAUGGUUAUAACAAGCCCGGUGUUCAUGGAGAAGAUCCUGGACCGACUCAUAAAGGUCCUCAUCAUUAUGAAUGGAAGUCAGCUUAA